UACAGAAAUGAAGUGAGGGCGAAAAGCAGGUGCACGCUGCACCCUCACGCUCUNGCCCACCCACUUCCCCUUCCCCUGUUCUGCAUAUUUAUCAGCUCAAUUUUAUGUGCUAUCUGGCGACUUUUAAUUCACAAAUUCAUGUAAUAAAUGUCUUCAUCGACGGUUAAUUUCUGUUGUUGUGAAAAUUUAAGUUAAAUCAGCGAGAGCCCAUUUUUCACACACUAAAUUUUAAAGAAAGUAAAGCAUAAACGAAGAGAAAUAAUGGCGGAACUGGAUCAGUUACUUACUAAGAAGGUCGCUGAUCGGUACCUGAAACGCGAAAUGCUUGGUGAAGGUACCUACGGUGUCGUUUACAAAGCUAUCGAUACCAAGACAGAGCAGACAGUUGCCAUUAAGAAAAUUCGACUUGGGAAGCAGAAGGAAGGGGUUAAUUUCACAGCAUUAAGAGAAAUUAAAUUGCUCAAAGAGCUUAAUGAUCCAAAUAUAAUUAAGUUGAUCGAUGCAUUCCCUCACAAGGGAAACUUGCACCUUGUGUUUGAAUUCAUGGAGACGGAUCUAGAAGCAGUUAUUCGUGAUAGGAAUAUCGUGCUCUCACCAGCUGACAUAAAGUCCUUCCUUCAGAUGACACUAAAAGGACUUGCAUUUUGUCAUAAGAAAUGGGUUUUGCAUCGGGAUAUGAAACCCAACAACUUGUUGAUUGGAGCAGAUGGACAGCUUAAACUUGCUGAUUUUGGUUUAGCUCGUAUAUUUGGGAGCCCAGAUCGAAGGCUCACUCACCAGGUCUUUGCUAGAUGGUAUAGGGCGCCUGAGCUGUUGUUUGGUGCCAAGCAGUAUGGCCCAGGGGUAGAUGUUUGGGCAGCAGCUUGUAUAUUUGCUGAACUACUGUUACGAAGACCUUUUCUGCAGGGAAAUAGUGAUAUCGAUCAAUUGGGAAAGAUCUUUGCAGCUUUGGGGACCCCAAAGCCACCUCAAUGGCAAGAUAUGAUCUACCUUCCUGAUUAUGUGGAAUACCAAUAUGUUCCUGGUCAAUCAAUAAGUGCCUUAUUUCCCAUGGCAAGUGAUGAUGCUUUGGACCUCUUAUCAAAGAUGUUCACUUAUGAUCCAAAGGCUAGAAUUUCAGCGCAACGGGCGUUGGAGCAUCGGUACUUUUCUUCUGUACCUCCACCAACAGAACCGGCUUCACUAUCUAGACCUCCCCCAAAAAAGGACCAUGCUACUUUUAAGGUUUUGGAUUUUAAUUCACAGUGUGGUCCAACUGUAUUGUCUCCUCCAAGAAAGUCAAGGAGAGUGAUGCCACAACGUGAGGGAUUUGAAGUGAAUACUCACCAGCUUGACAAGAUUGAUGAACAUGGGAACGAGAAUAGACAGGCAGCUGGAGAGAGGAGUGAACAUGUGCCUAUGUCAUUUGAUUUCUCUGUUUUUGGGAUGAAGCCAACCACUAGACCCACAAUUAACAGGUAAACACUAUCUUAUUGACACAUGCACUUGAUGACAAAAGAAUGACCUUUAAAGUCAAAAUCUUGAUUUUGAGUUUUGUGCCCUAAGUUACUUUGUUAAUUAGUGGCUCUUAGUUUGGCUGUUGAAGAAACACACAGCUCUUCUCCUAUGCUGAUAAUAUCGAUAGUCAUAGUUGCAACUAAUAGGAAUACUAGCUUUUAUAUUUUUCAAAGUCACCUCCUCCUCCUACGAAAUCCUUGUCUUGUAAGAGCCUCUGUUUAUGAUUUGUCUUAAUAAUGUGCUUUAGAUGAAUGUAGCUUGCACAUAUAGAAGUGGAGAUAAGCAGGCUAUAGGUUGAUGUAGGGAUGUAAAUGAGCCGAGCCGAGCCGAAAUUCUC